AUGCAAUCUCACGUUUGCAUUUCUACUUAAUUCAAAUAGUGCAUUUAAUGGAGUUAAAACCAACCCAACUGCCCGAACGAGCACCAGAGUGGUCGUCAUGAGAGGCUUCAGGGAUUGUCUCUGCCUUUCGAUUGGCGGUGGUCGUUAUGAAAAGGGAGUGGCAUCGUAGCCGGUGAGCUAUGACGUCAAUGGAGCUGUUCAAAGUGUGGUGGUGCUGGAAGGAAUCUCACGCAGUUCAUCAGCACAGGCUCCGCGGCCAUAAAGUGGACUGGAUUUGAGAGCAUCAAAAGGCUAUUAUCACGGUUCAGAGGGGGAGAAUACCGAAGAGAAAUAGUGCUCCACCUGUUUGAAUAAAUCAGCGAGAUCUGAAAGAAGUUCUGAAGCUGAGAUGGUACCGAGAUUCACUUCUUCAUAGAUCCGCCUUCCUGGUGUCCAUGGGUUCCUUCUGACUACAGCAGCUAGUUCUACAUCAUCAAGAUGACCUCCACCCAGAGACUCUAGUUCCUCAUUCCUCCAUUGGAGGACCACUGUGGUGAGGGGAGGGGGAGGGUGAAGGAGCCUCCUGCCAUCAGGCAAAUAGCUGCAGAGCCUGCUGGUGAAAGCGAAGGGAACCAUGUAGUGUUCAUUUCUCCACCCAGGGGAGGGUAGAUUUGAGUCAAGUUUGUUUUCCAUUGAUUUUAGUGUGAGAGUGUUUUAUGUGAGCCAGAGAUGGUCCUCCACACCUCUCCCUACUCCAGUGCCUUCCUGCGGUGCCUCACUAGCCUGUCAUGGGGCUUUAUCUUCCCCUGCUACUGGCUGCUGGACCGCCUGCUAGCCUCCUGUGUGGCCACCUCUCUGGAAAAGCGCCGGCGCUCCCAGGACCCCUGCUCCUUUGUGACGCUGUAUGUGCUGGUGUCCACUCCGCUCUACCUGCUGCUCCUCCUAGCCUCGCUGCCCUUCGCUCUAAUGGGCUUCCUGCUGUGGGCUCCCCUGCAGGCGGCCCGCCAUCCCUAUCUCUACACCCACCGCAGCCCGAACAAGCACCAGGCUGAGCAGGGGGGCGCGGCAUCACUGGCGGACUGGAGGCCGCAAGGCCGCAGCUUCUGCUUCGGCAGUGCCAACGUGUGCCUACUGCCAGACUCCCUGGCACGCUUCAACAACCUGUCUGAGACCCAGCGCCGUGCCCGCGAGGUGGGCAAGCGCAUCCGUAAUGGGGCCAGCCGGCCGCAGAUCAAGAUAUACAUCGACUCCCCCACCAACACCUCCAUCAGCGCCGUCUCCUUCAGCAGCCUGGUCACGGGGUUCCCACGCACCUCCUCACUGGACCAGCGGCCUGACAACACAGCCGAGGCCGAACCCCUCACUGGGUGCCCAGUACACAAUUCUAGUGCAGACUGCCCAAUACACACUGCCGGUGCAGACUGCCCCAUACCCACCACUGGUGAUGACUUCCCCAUACACCCAACAGGGAACCAGAGCUCCUCAGAUUGUCCCGUCCACGUAGCUGGUGGAGAGAACACACCAGAGUGCCCGCUUCACACUGCUGGUGCCCAUAACAGCUCUGACUGCCCUGUUCACACCACAGUGGCCCAGAACUCAGCAGACUGCCCCAUGCACGCCUCUGGGGUCCAGAUCAGUAUCAGUGCCCCAGAGCCAGACCCCCCAGAGGCCGAGACAGGAAACCACCAAGGCGAGGGUGACGCGGAGAGCCUGACAGGGGGGGUGCCUUCUAACAACACCCUGUCCCACCGCACCUCCAUGUUCAAGAAGCACAGCGGCCGCAAGCGGCGCCAAGGCGACGACGGCAUCGACCACGAGAUCUCUGCCUUCUUCCCUGCCAACCUGGACUUCCUGUGUCUGCAGGAAGUGUUUGACCACCGGGCCACGUCCAGGCUGAGGCGGCAGCUGCAACACUACUUCCCCUACAUCCUGAGUGAUGUGGGCCGCUACGCCUGGAAGGGCUGCUGCUCCCGCUUCAAGUUCCUCAACAGUGGCGUUAUGCUGGUCAGCCGCUACCCCAUCCUGGACGCCCACUAUGAGUGCUACCCUAACGGGCGAGGGGAAGAUGCCCUAGCAGCCAAAGGAGCUCUCUUUGUCAAGGUGCAGGUGGGAACCUCCCAUCGGGAGCAGAGAGUUGUGGGAUACCUCACCUGCACUCAUCUACACGCCAUUGAAGGAGAUGCAGCUGUGCGUUGUGAGCAGUUGGAUCUACUCUUGGAGUGGGGGACGGAUUUCCGCAAGGCAACGUCCCGCCCCUCAGAGGAGAAGGGUCUGGAGGACCAGGUGGCCUUUGAUGUUGUCCUCGGCGACCUCAAUUUCGACAAUUGCUCUUCAGAGGAUAAACUGGAGCAGCAGCAUUCCCUCUUCACGCAGUACAAGGACCCGUGUCGCCUGGGGCCAGGGGAGGACAAGCCAUGGGCUCUGGGAACACUACUGGACACCAGUGGGCUUUAUGAUGAGGAGGUCAGUUCACCAGAGAGUUUACAAAAAGUGAUGGAGAAUGAGGAGGGGAGGAAGGAAUACCUGGUGUUCCCCACCAAUAAAAACCACUGUCCUAAUCAGAAGGGCAGAAAAAUCCCCCUGAAAGGCAAUGGGAGGAGGAUCGACUACAUCCUUUACAGUGAGGCGGUGCAGCAGGACUGGAAAAUGGACAUUGAAGAGUUUAGCUUCAUCACCCAGCUGGCCGGCCUCACUGACCACCUGUCUGUGGCCAUGCGUCUGGCUGUGUCCACAGGAGAGGAGGAGCCUUAGGCCUACACCCUUUAUACUGCCACGGAGGAAGAACGGGGACCGAAGAGGCAGAGGGAAGGCAAGGAACUCAGGCCUGAGAAAGACAGAGCUUGAAAAAGGAGAAGAAACGGGUGGACAUAACGAAGAAGAAAUAAAGGAGUAGAUGCAGAGGAGUCAUGUGAUCCAGAGAGAACCUGGUGGAGAGAGAUAAAAGAGUGGUUGUUGUGUGUGCCAGAGGUCUGGACCGGGCCCAAUGCGGACCUGAGGGACUGAGCCAAAGACUCACACAAACACACACAGUCUGAGGUUGACUCACACACCUACAGGUCUCCACCGUACCAUGUAUCAUCUCUGGUCCUCGGGGUCUAUCAGCUCCCUGAUGAUGGAGUCCCAAUGAUUGACUUACUAUGACUCAUUUCCUGUAUUUAGAUACUUUUAUGUUUUUAGGCCUCAUUUACGUCUGACCUUUUUCUGUUUUUACUUUUUGGGCUCGGAAGCGUCUAAACUUUGUUCUUUAUUUGAUUUAAAACGGUGACAUGAGACUUCUCUUGACUCAUGGAAUUUAGAGUGUAGCCUGGCUUACUGUGUCUCUGUGUUGGUGUGUUUGUUCCUCUCUUACCUUAACCCCAAUUCAUGGAACCUCGGCAUAAUGUAUUUUUUUCUAACUCUUUCUAAUGGUUUCUAUGGUCAACGUACCAUCUUUGUAGGGAGUUGAAACACCCACAUUUAAUACUUUAAAUUUAUAAUGAGGUAUUGUAUGAAAAAUAACAUCUGAAAGGGAUCUUUUCGGGGCCAAUCUGACUGGCAUCUCAUGUUUCAGGGGUUGUUUGGUUGUUAUGCAGAGCUGAGCAGUGAGGAACACGUGAUAUGAUUAGAUAAGAGGAACUUAGUUAGGAGGGCCUGGGUGGGGGGCGGGGGGGGGGGGGGAUUCUGCAUGGGGAGGGUAGUGAGGAUAUCAGAUGCAAUCCCUCAAUAAGAAUUUUAAUCACAGACUGUUUGGGUUGAAAGCCUGGUCUCCAGGGCGAUAAGCAUGUUCCCCUGACAAUGCAAUCUCAAAUGCUGCCAAUGCAAUGAGUCUGCAGGGUCUGCCACCCUGCCAAAACCCACAAACACACACACCUGCACACUCAUUACAUACACAGACACCAUUGGCACUGAUGCCUUUCUCAUUUGUGACAACACCUUUUUACUCUCUCACCUGUUCUUAUUGACACUGUUGCUAUUGCUGGCUGUAUCACAGGAUGAUAAGGGAUGUGCGUAUGUGUGCAGAGCUGGCUUUGGGAUAUGUGACGACCCCAUGUCCCACUUUAGCAUGGUGCAGUAUUUAUAGAUCUUAUUCCUGGUUGUGGCCACAGCAGAGGCGAACGUUUACACACCUGCUUACUUGUUUCAGGUCAUGGAGGGAUCCUGGUCGGUCAGAAUAUCUCUGUACUUUAAUAUGUAUGUACUGUAGGUAUGCCCACCUGGCAUUUCUACUCAUCUACUAUCACCUGGCUGCUUUUAUACGCUCUAAAGCCUCUUUAUUAUUAUUAGUAGUAGUAGUAUUAGUAGUACUAAUAUUGGUAGGGUUUAUAUUUGUGCUUUUUUAAUACAGUACAUGGCCCAUCUUGCAUUGAUCUGUUCCAUAUUUAGGAUGCUGCAGUUCCCUGGUUUAGUUCACAAACUCUUGGAAAUAACAUCUCCCUUGUGCUGGUCUGACUCUCCAGUCCCUCAGCCUCUCCGCGGUUGGGUCUGUUUUUUAGUCAGGGACUGG